GACGCCCUUUCGGCGGCCUAGAAAAGGACCGCCCGCAAGUCUUGCGCCCACAUUUCACCCGCACCACCCGCGGAGAGCAGCAGGAGAUGGCUUUCCGCGCCUUUCAGAACGACCUUCCCAUCGCUUCGCAGCAGCCACCUGCUCCUCUUCCCUCCUCUUCCUCCGGCUCCAGUAAGAGGACGCGCCGCGGUCUUCGCUCAUCGGACCGGAGGCCGAGGUAUGAGUUUUCGGACUUCCAGCUGGACGUUCUGGAAACCACCUUCAAGGUGCGACCAAAGCCUGGGCACUACAAGAGGAUGUUGCUGGCCUGCCUCACUGAGAUCCCCGAGGAUCGCAUCCAGCUCUGGUUCCGGAACCGCCGGGCAAAGGCGCGGAGGGCAAAUUGUGAAAAUUGUCCUCCAGAAGAUGUGUCCUCCAGGGCCGGCUUUACACCUGCUGCUCAGGUUCCAAAUGUCGGCCUGCCAGUGCCUUCCAUUCCUCAAAGCUGCAGCCUGCCACUGCGCCAGGUCCAGCUUCCAAGCUUUGGCCUGCAGCCACUUCACCAGGUCCAGCUUCCAAGCUUUGGCCUGCAGCCACUUCACCAGGUCCAGCCUCCAAGCUUUGGCCUGCAGCCACUGCGCCAGGUCCAGCUUCCAAGCUUUGGCCUGCAGCCACCGCACCAGGUCCAGCCUCCAAGCUUUGGCCUGCAGCCACAGCACCAGGUCCAGCCUCCAAGCUUUAGCCUGCAGCCACAGCACCAGGUCCAGCCUCCAAGCUUUGGCCUGCAGCCACAGCACCAGGUCCAGCCUCCAAGCUUUGGCCUGCAGCCACAGCACCAGGUCCAGCCUCCAAGCUUUGGCCUGCAGCCACAGCACCAGGUCCAGCCUCCAAGCUUUGGCCUGCAGCCACAGCACCAGGUCCAGCCUCCAAGCUUUGGCCUGCAGCCACUUCACCAGGUCCAGCCUCCAAACUUUGGCCUGCAGCCACUUCACCAGGUCCAGCUUCCAAGCUUUGGCCUGCAGCCACUUCACCAGGUCCAGUCUGCAAGCUUUGGCCUGCAGCCACCGCACCAGGUCCAGCCUCCAAGCUUUGGCCUGCAGCCUCCGCACCAGGUCCAGCCUCCAAGCUUUGGCCUGCAGCCACCUCACCAGGUCCAGUCUGCAAGCUUUGGCCUGCAGCCUCCGCACCAGGUCCAGUCUGCAAGCUUUGGCCUGCAGCCUCCGCACCAGGUCCAGUCUGCAAGCUUUGGCCUGCAGCCACCUCACCAGGUCCAAGCAUGGAAUCAGCACCCCCAAAUGCUGGAUCAAAAUAAAUUUUGUCAUUUUUAG